AUGUCCAGCAAGAGACUCAGCAAAAUAGAAACCAAGCUAAGUUCGUCGAACCGCCGAAUCACCGUUCAAUUGCCGAGCGAGGAACCGUCCCCCACCGUUUCGCGGUCCAACACGGUGGUUUCCACUUCCUCGUCGUACUAUCCUCCACAAGCUGCGGUCGAGGACAAUACACCGAUCAAUUUCACAUCGCCCAGACCGUUGCAACGGCCGCCAUUGGACUUGUCGUUGCGAAGAAGACCCCCGCCAGCAAAGAAACCGCUCGAUUUGCCCAAGAUCGACCCAACUCCAGCACCCGAGCCGUUCUCCCUGGCCGAUGACGUAACCCCCACAGCCCAGGGUCCGCCGACUGCAGUCGAGCCCCACGACGCAGACUUCGACACCAUCAAGCUGGUCAUCCCGUCGCCAAAACUAGACCCGUUCCAGCUGUCCUCGCCGUCGGAAUCGUCAAAUGUCUCGGAAACGGAAACUCCAACAAAAGAGCUCUUUUCGGGCAAGAUAUCCUCUAAUAGACUGACGAAUUUCGACGACGAAGAGGAAACAGCACACCAAUUGGCAGAUGAACAUUCCGAGGAUGAGCCAGAAAACGAGCUCUUCUUCUCGCCGCCGCCAGCUUACCAUUUUCAGAACCAGUCGUCAGAGUCCGACCAGUUCUACGACGUUCACGAAAACAGGUCCAGCAUGAGUACCGACCGCUCUAUCGAGGACGAGCUUUAUCCGACCGAGGCGCGGUCGGCGACACUACGUGUUCAGAACGCAGACUCAGAGUCCACGGAUAACAACCAGUCCGAGAACUCUGGGCCUUUGUACCGUCAACGGUCGAUGGACUCGAAACCGGUGACUAUCCCGGGUUCCGAGGACGACGAGGACGACGAAGACGGAAGUGGGGUGAGUUUUAUCGCCAAGUCGCCGUACUACACGCAUUUCGACCUCGAAGACAAACCUGCUCCCAAAAUGGUGGUAAAAAACCCGUCCCCGGAAAAUACCCCUGUUCAGACGUACGACCGCAGAGAAGCGCCCGUGGUGGUUCCAUUGUCGCACUCGAACGUCGUACACACAGCACAGCCUCACACAGGAACCACGGUGCCCACCAGAAGACCACCACCAGACAAUCCAUCCACGGGUCGGGGAGCUAGAGCCGUGUCGAUGUCCACGGCGCAGCCAGAGUUGUUUGAGAAUGUCAAGGGAUUCCAGCCGAAACCGGACAAACCAGCCGACGAAGACGACACACAGGAAAAGCUCGAUCUGCACAAACCGUCAUUGUACGUUUACAAGCUGCGAACAGGGUCCAAGACGAGCUACAUUGACAGAGACCCGGAUCCUAGAAGACUGCCUAUUGCCAUUAGAAAAGUGAAGGGCCAGCAUUCGCGCACGUCGUCGCGACAAUCGACGCUAUUUUCGUACCAGGCGGCCAUCAAGCACGGCGUACAACACUCGGGACUGCUUGCGUCGGAGAUCGACGACGACGAGCUGCCAGACUCGAAACUGAGCCAUUCCAAAGGCCAGACCAAAAUUCCUCAGGACCCAGAUGCAGAGGUUCUGGAGGUGACGGACCAACUCAAACGACUGACCGCGGCAGACGAGGGUCUGCACCGGAUGGCCAGCGUUCGCAGCGUCCAGCCUCCGCAAUCGCGGCUCAAGCUGUUUGUUGCAAACCCUGACGAGUAG